AGUGGGGAAAGCAAAUGCGCGCCAAAUAAUCGGCACUAUCUACUCUUCCCAAACGGCACACGUCGCCGAUUCGAAGCCAUUUUCUCGUCCAUAUCAACAAAACCCGACCAAUCGAAUCACGGUUGGUGAAAGAAAUCGGAGUCGUAUCAACACCACCUCCAUAAUUUCAGAUGAAAAGCCAGCAAUCGCAUUUACCGUCCAUUGUGGUUUUGAUUUAAUAUUCCCUUAGAAGAAACUAAUGCAACUGGAGAACUUUUCUCGAUGAUGAAUUUUUCACUCCAAUCCAGCGGAUAUAAAUUAUAAUUUUAUCUGGCUUCACAAUCACAUGGUUUUUGUAUUAUUUUAUUGGCUAAAAAUGUAAUUAUUUAAUAAGUGUUUGUGCUCACUGCUUCCCUCCACAUCUGUAUCCGAACCAAAUUCCCUCCUUGCCUGCCCUUCCCUCGUUUUCUUCAUUUUCUCCCGCUUUUUUUAAUUUUUCUUUCUCGUCGAACAUCAGAUCUCACAUCUAUGGUUUCCUACCACCUAGAUUCCCUCCGGAUUCUAUAAAGUUCUAUUUUCCUCGGAGUUAUCCAAGCAUCAGAGAAGCCCAUCGUAGGGGGCAUAUUGAUUCCUCGAUGUCGGAUUCGCAGCCGUCUAACCCGCCUAAGCAGACUCAGCAGCAGCAGACCUUGAAGCGCCAGUUCCCUUUCUCUUCUAUGAAGCCGCCGUUUGUAGCUCCCGGGGACUAUCACAGGUUCGGCUCAGACCCCCGCCGCCUCGAUCAAGAACCGGAGGGGAUCGUGGUCAAAUCUUCACCAUUGAAGCGAAAGAAUGAUGCAGCAGAUCAUGAUGGCAAGUCAAGUGAAUGUGCUGUUGGUUCCGGAUACACAGAAAUAGCGAACAGCCACAUCCAGACCCCCAUAUCAGGAAAAGGGGCAAAGACACCGAAGACCUCAAGGCUUACAAAGUCAAAUAAAUUUGGACCUCAACAAGACAUAUCGAAUCUUGGAUCUCCUGGCAAUAAUCUUACUCCUGCUGGCCCUUGUCGCUAUGAUAGCUCCUUGGGUCUCUUAACAAAAAAGUUCAUCAAUUUGAUUAAACAUGCUGAAGAUGGCAUUCUUGAUCUAAACAAAGCUGCUGACACUUUGGAGGUGCAAAAGAGGCGGAUAUAUGACAUAACCAAUGUCCUUGAAGGAAUUGGUUUAAUAGAGAAGAAAUUAAAGAACAGAAUUCAGUGGAAGGGACUUGACGUGUCAAGGCCCGGGGAGGCUGAUGAAAAUGUUUCUACUUUACAGGCAGAAGUUGAAAACCUUUCCAUUGAGGAGUGCAGAUUAAAUGAACAAAUAAGAGAAAUGCAAGACAGAUUGAGGGACCUGAGUGAAGAUGAAAAUAAUCAAAAGUGGCUUUUUGUCACUGAAGAUGACAUCAAAAGCUUACCAUGCUUCCAGAAUGAAACUUUGAUAGCUAUUAAAGCUCCGCAUGGGACCACUCUUGAAGUCCCAGACCCUGAUGAGGUGGUUGACUACACACAGAGGAGGUACAGAAUUGUUCUCAGAAGUACGAUGGGACCCAUAGACGUUUAUCUUGUCAGUCAAUUUGAAGAGAAAAUUGAGGAGAUUAAUGGCGUUGAGCCAACUUCAAAUAUCCCCUCAAGUUAUGGCUUUAAUGAGAACUCGGUAACUGCAAAGGCCACAGAGGAGAGUGAAGAGGAGAUAGGACUGCAACAGCAAGAUAGUCAUCCAAUGUGCUCAGAUCCUAAUUUGUCACAGGACUUUGUCAGUGGAAUCAUGAAAAUUGUUCCCACAGAUGUCGAUAGCGAUGCAGAUUACUGGCUUUUAACCGAUACUGAUGCUAGCAUCACAGACAUGUGGCAGACAGAACCUGGUGUUGAAUGGAAUGAAUUGGCUUCUCUUCAUGAAGACUAUGCCAUGGCUAAUAUUGUCACAACACAACCUGGGACGCCACCAAUCACUCAACCUGAAGUCCCUACUGCUGCUGCUAACUCCAGUGGGAGAUGAAAGUACAGUGAUGAAUCAAAUCAAAGAUGCAUUGCAUGUUCUUGUUUGAGAACUUACAGCAUCCAACCUCCCGCUGUUGUUGCUGCUUAUAAAGGUAGGAUUGAAGGAUUCUCGGAAGCUGCCUGCUAAAUGCUCAAUGAAUGAGGACCUGAAGAAUCCGUUGGUUGUACAGUCAAGAGACAUACACGAGCCAUCUAGUAGUAAAUAGAGGUUACCAUAAAAUUUUUGUUUUCAGUACAUCCCUGUGUAUUAUUUUUAUUUUGUUGCAUUGUUGUAACACUACCUUCAAAACUGGUUAGGUGACUUAUACAAGUAGUCAGUAAAGUAAUGUAAGUCGCUGAUGCAGAUUGAGCUAGGAUUACAGAUCCCAGCUUCUGUGCUGUUUGAUCAGUUUGUAAUGAGAUAUUUUGAUGAGGACUUGCAUAUGUAAAUUAUGUGCACGGGUUGGGGUUA